AUGGAUGUCCCAGAGGGCCGGGCGGGUGGCCCCGCUGCAAAAAUGUAUCUCUGGGACCAGCUGGAGGAGGGGAGCCUGGGGACGCUGCUGAGCUUAGAGGAGCAAAUACUCAACUCGACGUUCGAAGCUUGUGACCCCCAGAGGACAGGGCUCUUGCCAUCUGGCCUUACCUUCCUCCCCACGGUGGUGCUGUCCAUGCUCUCUGGCUCUCACCUGACCCGGCCCCUCCUCCUGCCACCAGCAAUCCCCCUUCCUGGCUGGGGAUUAGAGCUGGAAGAGGAGACAGCCUUCGAGGGGGCCCUGACCUCCCAGCAACCGCCAUCUGGAUGCCCAGAAGCUGAGGAGCCAGCCAACCUGGAGAGCUUCGGAGGCGAAGACCCCAGACCUGAGCUGCCCGCCACAGCUGACCUGCUGAGCAGCCUGGAGGACCUGGAGCUCAGCAACCGCAGGCUGGCCGGGGAGAACGCCAAGCUCCAGCGCAGCGUGGAGACAGCGGAGGAGGGAUCUGCGCGCCUCGGGGAGGAGAUUGCAGCCCUGCGCAAGCAGCUUCGCAGUACCCAGCAGGCUCUGCAGUGUGCCAAGGCUGUGGAUGAGGAGCUGGAGGAUCUGAAGACUCUGGCCAAGAGCCUGGAGGAGCAGAAUCGCAGCCUCCUGGCCCAGGCCCGACAGACGGAAAAGGAACAGCAGCAUCUGGUGGCCGAGAUGGAGACUCUGCAGGAGGAGAACGGGAAACUACUGGCUGAGCGGGACGGAGUGAAGAGGAGAAGUGAGGAGCUGGCCACAGAAAAGGACGCUUUGAAGCGGCAGCUCUUUGAGUGUGAACGCCUCAUUUGCCAACGAGAUGCUGUACUCUCUGAGCGUACUCAACAUGCAGAGAGUCUGGCCAAGACCUUGGAGGAGUACAGAACGAUGACCCAGGAACUGAGGCUGGAAAUCUCACACCUGGAGGAGCAGCUGAGUCAGAUCCAUGAGGGGCCGGAUGAGCUACCGGAAGGGGCCCAGGUGAGAAGAGCGGGCUGGACCCAGGUGCUGCCCCCAUCACUGGGCGUGGAGAUCCAGGCCAUUCGGCAGAAACAAGAAGUGGCAGACUCCGCUCUCUCCAGCCCUCUCUGUGGAGUGUGGCAGUGGGAGGAGGUCAUCAUCGAGACUGAGACAGACGAGGAAGCUGAGUUUCCACCUGAAGCCCCAGCUGGGGCAGAGAGAAACUUCCAGGGAGAGCCAGCGCACCCUCAAGGAGGAAGGAAGGAGCAAUCGAUGUGGUUACCCAGAAGACAGGAAGAGGAGGAAGCAGAGACCCAGGUCAGGGCCAAUCUCCCCAUCCCUCUGGGAGACCCUCACCCUGGAGACAUUCCAGGAAGCCUUCCUGAAAGCCCUGCCAAGCCAGAUCUGCAGCAAGCCCUGGUGCCCGUGGUGAAAGAGCUGGUCCCAGUCAGCAGGCCGGACUGGGGCCAGCUCUGCCUGGCCCCCCUGCACCCCCAGCCGCUCAGGGUCACCCGGCACCCGCUGAUCCCCGCUCCAGUCCUGGGGCUGCUGCUGCUGCUGCUUCUCUCUGUCUUGCUGCUGGGCCAGUCCCCACCUCCGACCUGGCCCCACCUUCAGCUCUGCUACCUUCAGCCGCCCCCAGUGUGA